AUGGAACUAACAGACAGUCAAAACAUAUCGUUACAUGACGCACUUACCUUCGUACCUCGUUUUAAGGGAGACUCGGACGAAUUGAUAGAUUUUAUUAGUUGUUGUCAAGACGCGAAACAAAUUAUGCCAGAGGCUGCAGAAGCGAAUCUCGCAAAAUUAAUUUACCUCGCGAAAUUAAGUAGCAACGUUAAACUAUCGCUAAAUCACGUCAUACCUAUUACGAUUGAAGGUCUAGUUAAAGCUUUGAAAAGAAUUUACGUUUCGUCAAAGUCAAUUUAUCAGCUACAAGAAGUUUUUACACAAAAUUUGAAUAAUGAAAUUGAUGAGCGAAUGCCGAUUUGUGAUAAUAUUGAAGAAGCUUUAACCAACGCGAUUAGAAUAGAAAGAAAAUUAAAAAUGCGUCGAGAAAUUAGAAACGGAACAAAGACAUCGAAUGUUAAAAAUAGAACAAUAGGGAACUUUGAAAAUUUUACAAAUACGACCGAAGCGUGUCAGAUUUGUGAUAGUAUAGGGCAUACCGCGAAAGAAUGCCCACAAAUCAUUCAAUCUAAUAUUUAUCGCGAAAUAGUUAACACUGAAAAAGUAACAGAUAAUUUCCGAGAGCUUGACUCCGACACUGGCUACGAGACGUCCACCAGUGAGUCAGGAAAGUCGAUAGAAAAUUUAGAAGUACAGACAGUAGAGAUAGUACAGAAGGUAAUAGAUCGUUUCACAGAACCUGCAGUAGAAGUUCAGAAUGCUUUUCUGCAGAAAAAAGAACCUGCAGCAGAAACACCGAAGACUUCUCUGCAGGAAAAGGAGUCUGUAAUAGAAGUUCGGAAAACUUCAUUACAGAAAAACGAUGUUACGGAUGCCCCUAAAACAAGGAGGGGUAGACCACGUAAGCAUCGGGUGAAAUUCAAGGAAAGGAGGAUCAGCCCACACGAGGUGACCCCUUUAUUGGACCCCGAUGUCAAUUCGGAAUUUGACUCCUCAAUUGGAGAAGACAGCUCCAGUGAGUCAGAUGGCUUGAUUGAAGACAUCAAUGAGCCAACUAAAAAAGGAACAGUGAAAUCGAACAAUACAGUAACGAAAGAUCUAUUAGAGAAAAACGACAAUACGAUACGCUUUUCAUACAAAAAUAGACAGCCUGACGACGAAGGCUUACAAAUACAGAAAUUAAGCGACACACGACUUAAAAGUAGGUUCACAAACACAAGACAAGUUUACUGGACAAAAAGGACGAACACGAAUAAUUUUGAUUUAAAAAUCCACGAAUUAGGAGCUAGAUCGAAAACAGGGAAACUAACGGUAAAAUUGAAAGGACUGUUCAAAAGGGUACUUACUCCAGCUGCUAUGGCAGCUUAA